AUGGUGGCCCAGUCUCCGGAGUCGGAAUACUUCGAGAAGGAACCGCACCACCGCGACCGUCGCUGCGGUUGCUGCUCGCUCGGAUGGGGCCUCAUCAUCACGGGCGCCCUGAUCGCCGUCAUCGGCCUGGUCUACGGCACGGUGGUGCCGGCCGUGGUCGACAACGCCGUCAAGGACGGCGUGGUGUCUUGUGACGCCUCGGACAUCGCCGAGGACUCGUACAUCGACCCGUACGGAUGCGACGACUGCACGCCGUACUACUACAGCCUCUACAUGAUGAACGCCACCAACGCCGAGGACUACCUGGCCGGAGACGACAAGACCCUGCAGGUGCGCGAAAUGGGCCCCUACGUGUACCAACGCCGCGAGAUCAAGCUGGACGUCGAGCUCCUGGACGACGGCAACCGCGUGAGCUACAAGCAGUACACGUACCACACGUUCGUGGAGGACAUGAGCUGCGACGGCUGCACGGACGAGGACGAGGUCACGACGCUCGACAUGGGCUACAUGAGCGUCAUCGCGCAGGCCGGCGGUGAGUUCGCCUUCCUGGUGCGUCUCGCCCUGGGCUCCUUCGCCUCGACCAGCAACACGACCGCGGCCGCCAGCAUCGUGACCGAGUACGGCCCGCAGAUGAUGCGCUGGGUCAACGGUCUCAACUCGAUGAACCCCGAGGCCAUGAAGACGGUGACCAACAACAGCGCCGUGCUCACCUUCCUGGCCACGGGCCCGGAGGCCAUCGCCGACCUGGACUUGUCGGGCUUCGCGUACAACGGCCUGUUCGCCAAGCGCACCAUCUCGCAGUGGGCGCUGGGCUACCCGAGUCUGCUGGCCGGCCUGGGUCUCGGCUCUAACUACAUCAAGGUCUGCGCUGCGGACGGCGGCCUCAACGAGCAGUGCGCGGCCUGCGUGGGCAAGACGACGGACGAGUGCCUGGCCAUCUGGGGCCAGUGCAACCAGUGCGUCCGCGGCGCCAAGGUCGUGGCUCUCAACGAGGAGACGUGCAGCCGCAUCGAGGCUGCGUACGCUGCCGUGUACGGCGCCGAGGAGGCCGCUAGCUUCGCCGGCACCACGUGCCAGCUCUGCAGCUCCGUGGGCCUGUGCGCCGCGCCGCUGCCUGGUCUCGUCGAGUCCAGCGGCCGCAACUACACCGCGACGGCCCCCAACGCGUCGUCUCUGAGCACGUACAUCAUGCGCACGGGCUGCGACGACGAGAACUACAUCAACGUGUACGAGCAGUUCGACGGCUACACGAAGACGGCCCUGUGGGCCGACCUGGGCGAGCGCCGUAACCCGACGCUGGCGGAGAUCGCGGCCUUCUCGGCCUACGGCAACUGCGCGGCGCCCACGUCCAACCUCACGUGCAGCCCCGUGCGCGGCAACGACGCCACCAGCAUCGCCCCGGGCGGCGUGAGCAUCACGGGCUUCGCGGACGACAUCUCGCUCGAGAGCUACGACAUCUACCUCUCACAGGGCCGCCAGAACCUGUCGCUGUUCAACCAGCACGAGGAGGUCGAGUACGAGGGCAUCACGCUGCACCGCUUCCGCCCGUCGGUCGACCUGCUCACGGCCACCGACGCCAACGCCGACAUGGGCACGGCGUACCCGGUGGAUGGCGUGCAGUCGAUGGCCUUCACGUCGGGCUUCCUGGCCUACGUGUCGUACCCCAUGUACCUGUACGGCAACGAGUCGCUCACGACCAACGUUCAGAUCACCAUGAACGACGGCGUCAUGGUUGGCAAGAACACGCUCUACGACAGCGCCGGUGCGCUGACGUCGACGUACUCGGACAAGUACGCGACCUACGUGGACAUGGAGGCCGGCACGGGCAAGACCAUGCGCGCCUACAAGCGCCUCAUGGCCUCGUACGCGCUUUCUCCGUCUAACACCAACAGCUCGUUCGCCAUGAGCGACGUGCUGUACCCGGCGCUUCAGACGGAGGUUAUUAUCCCCGUCUACUGGGGCCAGGAGGGCUCCACCAUCUCGGACAAGAAGGUGGACGACUACGACUCGCUCGUGACGAUCCUCAGUACCCUGCUGCCCGUGCUCAUCGUGGGCAUCGUGGUUGGCGUGGCGCUCGCCGCCGGCGGCUUCUUCCUGCGGCGCCGUCGCCAACAGGCCUUCAAGGCGUAA